GCGCGUGUGUUUGUGUGUGUGUGUGAGUGUAUGUGUGCGUGGGGUGGCGGGUGCGGGUGUGGCCACCCACCACCAUUGGACUCACCCUUGUCGCCGGGCUCAGCGUUAGCGACCAGACCGCUCCCACCCAGUGCGGUAGUCGUAGUCAUGUUCGCGAGAUAAUACCGGGUUCGGGAGGGGCAUGAGUGUCAGACAUCACACCGGUGGCCAUCGGAGGGAUCCCACUUGGUGAAGUGAGAAGUGCCCCAGUUUAGUCCCGCCACCACGCUUGGACACUGCCGAUAUGGACACAGUAUGGCCCCAGCACUCGGACACUCCCCAACUAGAGGUGUGGCUCUGUCGCUUCUGUUCUGUUUCCUCUCCAUCACACUUCGAGUUACCUCAGCCAGGGAGGCAGAUGAACUUGCAGGGACUUCUCCCACAUUCCAAACCCCAACUUCCUCCAAGCCUCCAAAGUGUGACCGCACAUUUCUAAGCAGACCCGGAGGAUCUCAGAACGGCACGUUCACCGCUCCUGCUCUUACCAACCCCACUGGCCACUCGCGACAGUGCGUCUAUACCUUCGUAGCGGCUCCCUACCAGAGAGUCGAGAUAGUCUUCACCUCCUUCAACCUACGGGGUACUCCACCCGAUGGCUGGGCUAUUGGGAAUUUGCCCGCGUGUAUCCACGAGUACUUGGACGUGUAUUCGGAAGUGCAGCAGCCUGAGGCGGCUGAACUGAUCAACUCACCUUUUGGCGGGAGAUAUUGUGGUCCAAUCCCGCCACGACGCCGCAUCUCACUGUAUCGCACCAUCGCCCUAGCGUUCUACACAGACAAGAACUCCACGCACUCAGGCCUCUUCUCUGGACGAUACACGUUCCUCAACGACUCCGAGUACCAGAUCGGCACCCCGGCGCCCAACUCCUUGUGCUCCUUCACGGUUCUGGGGAAGGCUAAGAGAACCGGAACCAUCGUGUCCCCGACCUACCCCGGUGCAUACCCCAAGGACCUCUCCUGUAGUUAUUUGUUCAUCGGAGAACCUGGUCAAAGAGUGCGGCUGGAGUUCCGGGAUUUCGAUUUGUUUUUUGGUGGCCCACACUGUCCAUUUGAUGUAGUCAAAGUAUUUGAUGGGCAAACCAACGACAGUGCCGUUAUAGGAACGUACUGCGGUCAACAACGCAACUUGGUGCUUUACUCGUCAGAGUCGUCGCUCUUUGUAACUUUUGACACACUACAGCGCACUGCCAACACCCAAAACAGAGGAUUCAAGGGCAUUUUUGAAUUCAGCGAAAGUUUUGUUAAAUUAGAUUUUAUAGCGAAAAACGACGGUGAACACAUAAGAGGUUCAGAGUGUGAUCAGAAGAUUUUAAGUAAAAAAGAAUCAAGUGGCUUUGUUUUCAGUCCAAACUACCCUUUCCCAUACAUGCCAAAAAUUGUAUGUCGAUAUUUUGUUUAUGGAAUGCAAGAUUCACAACACUUAGAAAGAGUUCGUUUGGACUUUAUGAAAUUUAAUAUUCCUAAGCCAAAAGAGAAAAAUGACUGCAGUGACGGGUACCUCAAGAUCUACCUGAAAGGUCAGGAGGCAACAGACUCUUAUGACAAGUUUGAUCAUGAGUUGUGCGGAGAAGAAAGUAGCCCCUCACAAGUGGUGUCUGACGGACCCAGACUUGUCAUGGUGUUCAGCAGCGGGGAAUUACAAGGCGGGGGCUUCAAGGCCAAGUACACUUUUGAAACUGAGUACCGCAUUCCUGGAACUGCGGCUCCUGAUGGAAGUUGCAGUUUUACUUAUCGCAGCUCAAGUCGGAAGAAGGGAGAGUUCAAUUCCCCUCGUUAUCCUUCAAACUACCCAAGUCAGACAAAUUGUUCCUAUAUAUUCAUUGCUACACCUAACGAACAAGUUACUUUGGUCUUUGACCAUUUUAAAGUUAGAGCUGAUCAGGCUAAUACUACCGCUGGUUCUUAUGGCACGACGGUGUGCCAGGAGGAUUGGCUGGAGAUGUACAACAUGUACCGUGAUGGAACCGAGAAGCUGAUCGGAAGAUAUUGUGGCAUGACGGCGCCUGGACCGCUGGACUCCACACGUGGUGCCGUCGGCAUUAAGAUACUUCUGCACUCCGACCAGGAGGGAGUCUUCAGCGGCUUCAAGGCCAGAUACUCGUUUGAAGUGGCUAAGUCUAUUUUUGGAGACUGUGGAAGCAAUGUUAGUAGCAGUGAUUAUGGUAUUAUAAUGAGUCCAAAUUUUCCUUUAAACUACGAGGGGCCAACGCGGGGCAUGGCCAGUAAAACAUGCAACUGGUAUGUCAAUGUGAGGCCCAAUCACAAGAUUCUGCUCAAUUUCGAAUUUUUCGCUGUAGAAGGAGAUCCAGCCUCAAGAGGAUGUCCGGCGGCCGUGGUGAGACUGUGGAACACUGUAGGAGCUCCUGACAGCUCUGUGCCUAUAGAACUCUGUGGAGAGAAACCUCCAGGGGACAGGUGGCAGUACAUGUCAGAGUCCAACAACCUCCGUAUUAGUUUUAUAUCAGCGGACAAGUCCGUUGGAGCGAGUGGCUUCAAGGCAGUAUGGACGGAGAUUGCUGAUCCGAGCGCGGCCUGCAGUGAGUUCCGCUGUACGAGGAGUCAGUUCUGUAUUCCGGACAAGCUGCGUUGUAACAAGGUGAACAACUGUGGCGCCGAUGAUAACUCUGACGAGGAGAAUUGUGUGGUGGUUCAAGAGUUGGACUGGGUGAUGAACAGUGCGCUGGGCGGAGUGUGCGGAGCUGUGUUUGUGUUCAUUGCUCUGUGUCUCUGGUGUCGGCAACACAGACGUCACCCCCGACGACUCCCAACUUCCCCCUCCACCCAGCGACAACAUGUGUGCGACGAGCUGGGUCAACGGUUCGCUAGUGUCGAUAGUGUCUGAUGCCUGCUCAAAUAGACAAAACUUCACACCCGUGUUUUCAUCGUAAAGAAACAUGUUUUCACUGAGAAUAAUUGGGGGGGGGAAGGGAUAGUUUAGCGUUUUGUUUAAACUGCAAAAUUUUUUUCUUCGUUUUAUUGGAAAAGAAUAUUCCACGUGAAAAGAUAGUAAAGAGUUUAUGCUUAGUAAAAAUAUUUUAUUUUUAUUUCUGCUGAGUUGAAAAAUGUUGGUUAACCCUCCAGUACACGCGUGGCUAAAAAUAACACCAGUACACGCAAGGGGACUGCAUUCCGUGUCUUACUUGUUACUGGAAACACUCUUUUAUAUACCUAAUAAAGUUCAUAUAGCAUCAAAAUUUCAAAUAAUCCAAUUAUAGGUAAAUAGAUAUAGAUAAAUUUCAAAAUAAUUACAAAUUGAAAAUGUCCUGUUGAAAACCAUCAGUCAAUCGCUGGCCUGUUCUUUAUCCUCUUGAAACAUGACUUGCCCAACUUAACACCCUUGUAGCUCAGGGCCAACUGACGCUAAGACGGUCAAAACACCGCCAUUAUCCUUGGAAAGGUAGUGGGGGAAAGGUAUUUGGCGUAUCAGGUCAUUCGCGCCAAUUCACUUAUUUUGGCGCGCUUUUUCAAAUGUGCGGACUCUGAGUCCGUGUACUGGAAGGUCAAAAUUUUACUUACUGGUCUUAUUUUUUUAAGAAACUGACUCAUCAUUUUAAACACCAUUCUUAUUGACUCACUGCAAAUAUAAUUUUGAUGCAAAUAUAAAAUGAAAUAUUCUUAGCCAUGACAGAAAAAAAACAUUAUUUAAAAUUUGUAAUAACAAAAAUUCUACCUAUGUAGUUAUCAGUAUAUGGUAGUUCUCUUUGAAACCAUACAACGCUAUUAUAUGUAUAAAUUCAGUUUAAUUGUUUCUCCUAUUGUAUAAACCACUACAUAGCUAUGGUAUUACAGUAUUUUGAGUCUGUAUAGAGGCAUAAGAAUUUAGUAUAAUUGGAAAUCAGACUUUCUUAUACAAUUUAGUAUCUAAUCCUUGAAAUUAUUACUGGGCACACAGUUGCCGUUUUAAUACUAUUAUGCAUCAUGCAAAGUAUUUUGUGCUAGGUACUCAAACCUAAUAACAUGCAUCUAAAAGUUGACAGUGAGUUUGUUGGAAAAGAAGCUAAAAGUUAAGUUUACUUCAAACACGAAUAAAAGAGAUGAGAUAUAAGCAUCAAUAUUUAAUUUUUUUCACAAAAUGAGUGAGGAUAAUGUGAACAUAGUGUUCAGCAAUCUGACAAAAACAUUGUUAAAAUUUUAAGAUUAUUUAAUAGAUAUUGCAGGAUUUGUAUUAUUAACUAAAUGCGUUAACUAAAUGUAUCAAUUUAGUACUCAAUUAUAUGUUUUAAUUCAUUAGCUAUCCUUUAAGCUUUAAGAAUAGUUUUUCCUCCUUUGCUUACAGUAAUUUAGUUUUAAUUUUUGCCUGACAGUCUUCCAAUCCCUUUGGCAAACUUCAAAUAAAAGAAGAGAAAUCUUUAGAGAUGUACUGAUGGCAAGUAAAAAAUUUUGCAGUUCCUCGAUGAUUUACAUUCAAAUUAUGGUUACUACUGGUUAUUUUAAUAUGUUACCAUUUAAAUUUCUUGAUUGAUUUGUAAAUGAAAUUAACAGGUGUGAAGUUUUGACUUACUACCAAUGUUGUGCUUUGAGAGUUUAACAAACGUAAAUGACCUCAAUCGUUUUUUAUCCUCAUUGUUCGCAAACUUUGUACAGAAACUAGAUAAAUACAGACUUUGUAAUCUUUGUACUCUAUCGUGCAACCAACGAAUUUUAGUACGGUAAAGGACAAGUGAACAGUGGACUCCGACUUACACAAACUCGACUUAAAAGUUGUGGCAAGUGUUUUGAGAGCAAACUGUUUAGAAUAAAGAAAUGCUCCAUGGUCGAAAUUGUGGAUGGCACCAUAAGGUUUUAGUUAACAAAUUUGAUAUAUUUUUACAUUUAAUUUAGUAAAUAAAGUCAGUUUCUGUUGGAAAUGUGUUAAAGUAGUUAUAAAGAAUGAGUUGUUAAUUUGUAUUGUCUUUUUAUACAUCUAAAGAUCUUAAUAAAUAGGUGCUUUAAUAAAUUAAGUAAAAUAAGAUUAUAUAUUUAUUUGCAGAGUUAAUAAUGUUUCCUAAAACACAAAAUUGUUUACAGAUAAAACACCAAUUAACUAAACCUUUUUUUUACAAAUGAAUUGUUUGACAUAUUUUGAAAAGGAUUUGUUAAAAGCUAAUUUAGUUUACAUUGCUUGCCUUCUAGUUUUAACUGUUAUUUUAAUUAUUUGUUGUAGUGUUAAUGUAUUUUGUGAUAUUUUGAAGGAUUACAUUUUAACAUUCUUAUUCAUAAAUAAAAAUAAAAAAACAUAUUAUUCUUAAUUUUCGCUAACUUCCCAUCAAAAAUAUAAAAAAAUAACCACAAUGUUUGUAGAUAGGUCCCUAAGGAGUAACAUAAUAUAAAUGAAUAUUCUGAAAUACAGAUAAAGUAAAUUAUUUUAAUAUAGGUCUAGUGUAUGAUGUGUUUUUAUUUCAAUAUUGUAAACUACUUUAGCAUUAACAAACCUACAAUACACUAUUCUAAAAGAACUUUUUUAUUGCACUAUAACAUUUUAUGUAAAACAAUUGAGUGAAAGAAAACUUAGAAGUACAGGGAUUUAAAUACCUUGUGUUACCAUGUGUUUGGACUCACAAUAGAGGGUGUAUAUUGUCAAAGUACCAUAAUAAUACAAUCAUUUGUUGUUGAUUUUACAUUAGCUAAUGUUGAAAUUAUCAUAGGACAUUUGGUAUGAAUUAUUAUUAAUUAUAGAUGAUUAUGAUCGUAAUAUAUUAUUACAUGGACUUCAUUAUCGCGUAUGAUAUUAAUUGUAAAAUAAAAUAUUUAUAAAUUAAUUUAUAUGUUAUAGCGUAGAAUAAUUUAAGGACAGGCAAAUAACUGGGCAAAAAUAUAAAUUAUUUUUUAAUUUAUUUAUUUGAAGUCAUGUUUCAUUCGAUAAAUUAUUGUGUUGUAUUCUGUGAUUACUGGUUUUAAUAAAAUAUUGUUGAAAUCGUUUGCCAAAUGUUUAACCAUUCAGUUUAUUUCAUCGAGUUUAAAUAUUUAUCAUUAAUGCAAUAGAUGGUUGUCAGAAGCAGCUAGCUCAACUUUCUGAUUAAAUAACUUGUGAAACUCUCUCGAACCAGAAACUGUUUGGCAUUGUAAUAAUUUUAUUGGAUUCGGAUGUUAGCAAAAGGGGCUCUCACAAACUUAACUUUUCCUACACAGACAAAGAAAGCAGAUACAUAAUUUUAAUACUACG